AUGGCAGAUGUCCAACUCCCCGACACGGAACCCACAUGCCUCAUGAGCCUCCCUCCCGAGAUGCUCAACGAGAUCGCGGACCACAUGGAGCUGCACGAUCGCUACCUCUUCUCCGAAACCUGCAGACGCGCUCGGUGGCUGUUCGGAAUGGACAAGGCCGCCUGGGCCCGCGUCUUUCACGCGCCAGACCUGCGCGAUAGACCUCGGAUCGAGGCCUUCCUCGCCGGCGUCGCCUUCGUGCGGCCGCACCACUGGCUCUGCAUAGGCUGCGGCCGGCUGCACCGCGUGGCCGGAGAUCCGCCGCCGCGCCGGAGGACCCGGCGCUGCGACCGGUCCGUGCCGCUCUACCCGCGCCGGCCGGGGCUGGGGUUGAAGAUUUCGCACGUCGAGAGCGCGCUGAAGAUGGCGCGGAUGCUACAGGUUGGAGCGGCGGGCGCGGACGAGGUGGGCGAGCGCCUGGGCAACCUUUUGACGGGCGUCGAGGAGAAGCCUGUAGUGGACAGUACGAAGGAGCUGCAGUACCGCAAGGUCGGGGUGGAGUCGACGCCCAAGAUCGUGUCGGGGAUGUUCAUUCUGCACACCAGGAUGGAGUUCAUAGGGCCUCGGGGUCGGGGGGCAGCGAAGUUGGCACACUUUAAACCCUUCCGGCUCUGCGAGCACCUGUGCAGUAUUAGCAACGGCGGGAAUGACUUGGCCACUGGCCUCAAGAACGCGUUCGGGAGGAGACGCACCGAGAAGACGGGCAGCUGCGGCCGCUGCGGGAUCGAUUAUGCGAUCAUUGCGAACCACGGGGGCUUUGUGGUUCAGUCGUGGCAGAAUCUGGGACGCUAUGACUGUCCGGACGAUGCGCUGUGA